UGUGUCGGGACAGGGAUUGGAUCUCUUAUACAGAUUCUUAUAUGUAUUGCCGCCCUCUAUGACAGUCAAAGAUCGUGAGAGACUGAUCCAGUCUGACGUGGAAUUUCAGGUCGACGAGACCUUUCAAGUGCCAGAAGUCGGUCCAGUUGUGAGUGGAUUAUUGAUGUCUGGAUUAAUAAAAGAAGGCGAUUGUCUCAAAAUGGGUCCUUUAGAUGACGGGUCGUUCACUGGAGUGCAAGUGUCGUCCCUCCAGAGGCACAAAGUGGCCUGUCGUUCAGUGAGGGCCGGAGAAAGCGCUACAUUGGCUCUCAAUAGAUAUAAUAAUCAAACGGAUUUAGAAAGAAAUGUUCGCAAAGGAAUGGUUGUCAUUGAAAUGAAUGACCAAAAACAGAGUCAUCAAGUUUGUCAGUAUUUCCAGGCGAGGAUUCAUGUCUUAUUUCACGCAACAAUGAUAUGUCCGGGCUUUCAGACCACUGUCUAUAUUGGAAAUGUUAGGCAAACUGCGAUUGUAAUCGCAAUUAUGGGCAAAAAGUGCAUUUCAACCAAUGAGAGCGCAUCGGUUAUGUUCAGGUUUAUUAAACAGCCCGAGUAUAUCAACACCGGGUGUCGGCUACUCUUCAGGGAAGGCUCAGCCAAAGGCAUCGGUCAUGUCCUCCAAGUAUUCCCUUUC